AUGCCACAACAAAGAAAACGUACUAAAGCGACCGUAGCUUGUAUAAAUUGUCAGUGGAGGCACGAAAGAUGCGAAAGACUUUCUGGAGAGGACAUCUGUGCAAAAUGUAGAAAUCACAAUCGACUUUGUAUUUCUUUCCUGGGUAAAAAACGUGGACCAAAGGCACGCUGCCAAAACUUUAUGAAUACUAAUCAAUAUUUGGAUCAGCUCAUACCUAGUAUUCGGAAUGGCCUACACCCAGUGUCAGGAUCAAUGUGUAUUCA